GUUUUGUGGGGCAAAUGAUCUAACCUCGUUCAGUCCUAUAGGAGUGUAUUGCAGGAGUUGUUGGGGAAGGUGAAUCAACGAUUCGAUGCCUGCUGUUCGCAUCGUAAGGAAGAUAUGUUGUUCGGUAAAAAAAAAGUGUGACUACCAGUACCGAUCAAUCUUCUCUACGGCGCAGGUGCAGGGUUCAUGGGUGGAGAAGGUCAAAAAUGUCUUCACAGGCCAAAAGAGCACCACAGAGGGAAACGCAUCCCAAGUCAGCUCCGACUCAUUUACCCUACUCCGUUUUGCGGAUGAAAUGAAGAAUGCAAGAAGAAUUGGAGCUUUUAAGCAGUAUAUGGUUGGACGAAGCAGCGAAGUCACCUUUUCCAAUGCCUUCGAGAAAUAUGAAGCCAUAAUUCGAUACCUUGGGGGUUUGGACCCCACUGGAGAGAACCUCCAGAGCGCUCAAAAACAAGAAGCGGCAAAGCUUUGUAAUUGCACAAUUGCUGAUGUAGAGAAUGCACUUGCGAAGUUUACUUGGGCUAGAAAAGCCCAGAAGAUGAUAGAGAAGUUAAAAGAAGAAGGAAAACCAAUGCCAACAAGCUUUGCUGAAGUCCAAAAGCUGGUCGGUUCAUCUCCAUUGGAUCUUGCAAAGUCUAAUUUGGCUCAAUCUGGACAAAUUAGCAGGAACGCACUCUGUCCAUGUGGUUCCAAGAAGAGAUAUAAAAGGUGCUGCGGAAAAGAUUGAAGGAAUUCAGAGGUUUAAUAUUAAACUGCAAGGAAGCCUGAUGCCCUGAUCUAAACAUAUGGCUGAAUUGAUCUGUAGUUGUACUCUGUUUUAUUUGGUUCAGAUCAAGCUGCCGAGUGCACUAGACUGCAAGCAUGCUCACAGUAAGCUGAUGUUAGGAUCAGUGAUAUUUUUUGUCAAUAAGUUGCUUUAGUUUAUUUAGAUUUGUAAUUCUUGAGUUGCGCAUGAGUAGAAACUAAACAGAAUGUUUUUAUUCCGUUGAAGAAUAGUUAGUCAGUUCUCUUCUUUCCCUCACCUCCGCCUAAAUAAAAGGCAAGAUAAUAAGAAAAGAAUUGUUGAAGGAAAAUAUUAUUUU